AUGCACGCCCGCAAGCGCAUUCUGCCGGUCACACUCCCCUUCACGGUGUCCGUUCCGACGAUAUCCACCGUCAUCACCCCCGUUCAACUGGCCAUACACCUCAUAACCGCGAUCGAGAUGAACAGGACGAUGCUAGAUGAUCAACAAGGCGAUACAGUGGUGCCUCUUGAGGGUCGCAUCCUCCGUGACGCCCAGGGAAAGUCUAUCUUCAUUGGCGACUGCGCCCCGCUGUCUUUUCUGCAGACAGUCAGGCAUCUCAUCACAUCCGAGGUGGAUCCAAGAGCUACUGUUCAAGCUACACGCGACCCCAUCAUUGAGAUCGCUCGGCCUGAUUCAGCGGAUCAACAUUCAUGUCCUCCUAUUGAUGUGCAUCAGGUCGACGCACUAGUCGACGAGUUCAUGGCUGCAAGUAGUGGCCUCGUUCAGCUCUUCCAACGAGAGGAUCUUGCUCCCGAACUGAAAGCAUGGGCAGGCAGCAGGAAUUCGAGUUCAGACGAUGCUGCAGCUGCCGUCUUCUAUCUGGUCCUUGCGAUCGGCGCCCAAGAGCGAUUCGAGGAAAAGGCAGAAGCCUGGUUCAAUACUGCUCGGGAUGUGCUUUUGAAGCAUAUGUGCAGCAGCAUGAACGUGUCUACUGUUCAAGGCUUUGCCCUCGUAGCCAUCUACAUGCUCCGAGCGUCUCAGCCGAAUGGAGCCUACUUAUACUUCUCCCUGGCUGCGCGUGCCGCAUAUGCAAUCGGCAUACACCGAACGGAAGUGAACGCAUCCUUUGGCGAAACCAUCAAGCUGGUGCGAGACCGGAUUUGGAAGAGCAUUCGCGUCACCGACCAGUUGAUAAGCAACGCAUUAGGCCGACCUCCGUCCACAUCAGAUGUCGAUUGCACCGUCAAAUACAACACUUUUGAAGACAACACCGAAACCGAUGAUGCCAAUAUACUGGAUGCCAGCGUCCAGAUCUUCAUGAUUAUUGAGCGUGUCGUCGUUGAAGUGUACUCUCGCAAACGCAUAUCACUACGCAUUGCAGACUAUGUUUCGCGACAGUUGAAGAGCUGGGCGUCCAAAUGGCUGCAGAAAUUAUCUCAUCUUACGACCAGACCUCAUUCUCGAGAAGCCGUAGUGGGUGCUUGCUCCACACUCUGCUCCUAUUACUACGGCAUCAUGCUACUUACCCGACCUUUCCUCAUCUACGAGUUAUAUGAGUACAUGGGCGCUCCUCUAAAGAGCGGAGGCUCACAAGCUGAUCACCAAGAGAAGCGCAAGUACGCAGAUGCUGCACUUGAUGCCGCGUCGACGUUAGUGGAUACUCUGCUAGUCGUGACGAUUACAAAGCAGUUGCCUCGUAAGAUGCCACUGAUAGUAUCCUGGCUCUUUACGGCUACACUUGUUCUUGCUGUCGGCAUUCUUGGGGACUCAGGACUUAUGUUAGUGGACAGCUGCAAAGAUGCAAUCACUUGCAUGGACUACUUCGGUCAAGUCGACCCUCAUGCCCGGCAAUAUUCACAGGUCGCACAAUCGCUGCUCAAGAUUACCACUGCACAUGCCAAGAAGAGAGAGCUGCAUCUGCGCCGUAAAAGGAAGCAAGCAUCGUCGGAAUUGUUUGGCCUAUUGCCCGGAGAGUCAACUAACAUCCCGGUCCAAGUGGACGAUUGCGACGCACAGCUCGGCCACGGGUCGCUGGUCUCCCGGGACUCCGUUCAGCGCCACGUGUCUUCCGCAGCGCCACUCGAUUGGACUAUAUACGAUGCCGACUUCUUUGCCAUGCCAUGGCCGAGUGAGAACGAUCAGGGUCUCCAGGAUUUCCUGCAGCCGGGCACUCACAACCUUGAUGGCGUAUCCGUGGCUGACAUACCGCUUUUCCCCAUCCACGACCAGCAGAUGGGCGGUGACUUCUUCCCGUAA